AAUUGUCACAUUUUAUAUCAUUGUGAGAUUGUUUAUCAUAAAACAAUGUUUAAUACAAUUGUAAUUCUUUUUCUUGUUCUCGGAACAAGUACAGUUUACAGCCUACUGCUAGAUGAACAGCCGGACAGCAGUGUUCUUCAGCUGUUGGUGAAACUAGAAGCUGAUGUUAACAGUAAUAAAGCUCAACUCAAAGAACUACAGGAAGCAUGUACAUGUUCAGGCUCUAACAAGGAUCACAGCACAGCGUUUAUGGCAUCACUAGGUCAUGCUAUUACCGGAUGCUUAUCGGAACAUCCUGUAAUAUUUGACCAGGUCAAACUAAAUCAAGGCUCAGGCUACGAUUACAGACAUGGAACAUUUCGUGCACCAGUUAACGGAACGUAUCAGAUAAGUGCAACAUUGUCAUCUACACCGAACAACGUUGGUUUCCAUGUAGCGUUCGUGAAAAACCUAGCUAGUAACAGUGUUGGAUAUCUGUAUGCUGAUGCCAAACAACCUCACUGGCAGGAAAAGAGUACCUCGCUAGUAUUACACCUGAACGCCGGCGACGAUGUCUGGGUAUCAUGUUUAAGCGAAAGUACAAUUCAUGGAGACCACCAGACCGGAACCUCAGCCUUUCAUUCUCAUUUUUCUGGCUUUCUUAUAUCAAAAGAUUGAAAAAUCAAAACUACUUUAAAAAAAAAAAUCUUUGAUUUAAUACUACCUGCUUAUUUAAUUGUGCUUUAAAUAUCUGUAUAACGAUGUCAACCAGUCUCAUUUGCAGGAGAGAAGUACAACUUAGUAUGUAUAACAACGACAUAGAUUUAUCGUGUAGAAUGGAUAUCGUGAAAACAAUAGAAUGGUUCAUGGAGAUAUAUUAUGUAUACUUAUAUCUCUUCUUGAGUUGAUA